AUGGCUUCACAAGCAGAUUACAAGGACCGGCAGUUCCUCGCCGUCAUUGGCGACGAGGACUCGGUCACCGGUCUCCUCCUCGCAGGCAUUGGACACGUUAGCACAGGAGCCGACCAGGAGAAGAACUUCUUGGUCGUGGAUAGCAAGACCGAUACCGCUGCGAUCGAGUCCGCGUUCGAGUCGUUCACCACAAGGAAGGACAUUGGCAUCGUUCUGAUCAACCAGCACGUUGCCGACCGCAUACGACACCGCAUUGAUACCUACACUGCCGCAUUCCCGACCGUCCUCGAGAUUCCGUCCAAGGACCACCCGUAUGACCCAGAGAAGGACAGUGUUCUGCGCAGAGUGCGCAGGUUGUUUGGCGAGUAA